AUGGCGACCGGAGCUGUGGAAAAGUCCCAGGAAGAACUCCGCAAAGAGAUCUAUGAACUUCAUCGCCAACAGCGCGAGAUUAAUGAGCGGCUUCGCGAUCCCAGGGGUCUGCGCCGCGGUGGUUUAUCAGGACCUGGUCCUCGUAAUCUAGCUGUUAACGGAGGACGGCAGCGUGGCUUUGUUAGACCUGCGGAUAGGACUGAUUCUGAAGAUCAACCGGCUCCUAAAAGGCGGCUUUCUUCGGCUGUUUUUAAGGUUGAAGAUGGGGAGAUUGUUGAGAGACGGACUUGGAAGUUCCUCCAGCGGAGCAUGUUCCCAGAGUACUGCCCGAAAAUGAGGAUCCAAGUUUGGCGAACAGGAACAAGAGGAGGCUGGGCUUUAGGUACCCUGGAGCGGUUCAGAAAAGAAGACAUGCAACUUUCUGGAUCUGAAGCAUACAUGCGCCGGUCAGAUUCCCUGAAAAGGGCUGAGCAAUGGGCACGUGAAGAAAGCGAAAAACUUAGACAACAAGAGAGAGAACAGAUUGCGGGAUUUGACUCUAAGAGCACGUGUGGCAGCCAAGGCUGAAGAAAAGAAACUGGAACUGCUUUUUCUUUGAUGGAGUGAGCAUCAGAAAAAACUUGGCAAUUUUAUAAGGUUAUUUCUUAUUUUGGUCCACAAGUGUCCAUAUUCACAGUUUUGUUGACACGAAGA